CGCUCAUGAGUGCAAGUCAGUCAUUGAUUUCCUCACUUCAGCAACCCCUAUCCCUACCUCCCCCAUUUCUCCGUCCAAUCAAUCCGAUCCGGACCCAUCUCCGCCUCUCCCCGGCGUCCUUCUCGAGCUCUCCCUCUCCGAUUCCGAGCACCUUCUCAGUCCUCUUAUCAACGCAACUGCCUCCGGUAACCUCAAGAUCGUUGAACCUGCUUUAGAUGCUGUCCAGAAACUCAUCGCGCAUGGCUACCUCCGUGGCGAGGCGGAUCCCACCUCCGGCCCAGAUGCCAAGCUUUUGGCGAAACUUGUCGAGGCUGUUUGCAAAUGCCGCCAUCUGGGAGACGAUUCCGUAGAAUUGCUCGUUAUAAAAUCACUGUUAUCGGCUGUCACAUCUGUAUCGCUCAGAAUCCACGGGGAUUCUCUGCUGCAGGUCGUGCGGACUUGCUAUGAUAUAUACUUGGAAAGCAAAAAUGAUGUGAAUCAGACUACUGCCAAAGCUUCGCUGGUCCAAAUGCUAGUGAUUGUGUUCAGGAGAAUGGAGGCGGACUCAUCUACUGUACCACUGCAGCCUAUUGUGGUGGCAGACUUGAUGGAACCACCAGAGAAGGCAGAUGCGGAUGGGUCAAUGACAAUGUUUGUACAAGGAUUUAUAACAAAAGUUAUGUAUGAUAUCGAUGGGGUUCUGAAUUCUGCUACCCCAAAGAGUUCAACCGCUACCGGUGGAGCUCAUGAUGGUGCGUUUGAAACUACUACCUCCACUGUGGAGUCUACCAACCCUGCUGAUCUGUUGGACUCAACAGACAAGGAUAUGCUGGAUGCCAAGUACUGGGAGAUCAGUAUGUAUAAGACAGCUUUAGAGGGGAGGAAAGAGGAGCUCGUGGAUGGUGAGGGAGAGAGAGAUGAAGAUUUGGAAGUGCAAAUUGGGAAUAAGUUGAGACGAGAUGCGUUCCUGGUGUUUAGAGCUUUGUGUAAACUCUCCAUGAAGACUCCUCCAAAGGAGGCAAUGGCAGAUGCACAUUCUAUGAAGGGGAAGAUUGUGGCCUUGGAAUUGCUCAAAAUUUUGUUGGAGAAUGCAGGUGCAGUUUUCAGGACAAGUGAAAGAUUCUUAGGUGCUAUUAAGCAGUAUUUGUGUUUGUCACUACUAAAGAACAGUGGCUCAAGCCUUAUGAUUGUCUUCCAGCUUUCAUGCUCAAUAUUUAUUAGUCUGGUAUCAAGAUUUAGAGCUGGAUUGAAGGCAGAAAUUGGAGUGUUUUUCCCAAUGAUUGUCCUCAGAGUGUUGGAAAAUGUUUCUCAACCUAAUUUUCAUCAGAAAAUGAUAGUACUCCGAUUUCUUGAGAAGUUAUGUGUGGACUCACAAAUUAUGGUGGACAUAUUCCUUAACUAUGACUGUGAUGUCAACUCUUCAAACAUAUUUGAGAGAAUGGUCAAUGGACUUCUUAAAACUGCUCAGGGUGUCCCUCCCGGUACUGCAACAACAUUGUUGCCCCCUCAAGAAGCAGCAAUGAAGUUGGAAGCUAUGAAAUGCUUAGUGGCCAUCUUGAAGUCCAUGGGAGAUUGGAUGAACAAGCAACUGCGAAUUCCAGAUUCUCAUUUUGCCAAGAGAUAUGAGACAGAUGAACAUUAUUUUCAACCUGCUAGUCCUCCCAUGGAAAAUGGAAAUGGGGAUGAGGCUGGUGAAGCAUCAGAUUCAUUUUCUGAAGCCUCUAGUGAAGUUUCUGAUGCUUCAAUAAUUGAGCAGCGCCGUGCUUACAAGCUCGAGCUUCAAGAAGGCAUAUCACUUUUUAAUCGUAAACCAAAGAAAGGCAUUGAAUUCCUGAUAAAUGCCAAUAAAGUUGGGACUUCAGCAGAAGAGAUAGCUGCGUUCCUUAGAAAUUCAUCUGAGUUGAAUAAGACCUUAAUUGGUGAUUAUCUGGGGGAAAGGGAUGACUUGUCUCUGAAAGUAAUGCAUGCUUAUGUGGAUUCCUUUGACUUCCAAGGUAUGGAGUUUGAUGAGGCAAUAAGGGUCUUCCUCCAAGGGUUCAGACUGCCUGGUGAGGCACAGAAGAUAGACCGUAUAAUGGAGAAGUUUUCUGAGCGUUAUUGCAAAUGUAAUCCAAAGGUUUUUACCAGUGCGGACACUGCUUAUGUUCUAGCUUACUCUGUUAUACUGCUUAAUACUGAUGCUCAUAAUCCUAUGGUCAAGAGCAAGAUGUCAGCUGAUGAUUUCAUAAGGAACAACCGUGGGAUUGAUGAUGGAAAGGAUUUGCCAGAGGAGUAUUUGAGGUCUUUGUUUGAGCGUAUAUCAAGAAAUGAGAUUAAAAUGAAAGAAGACGAUUUGGCUGUUCAACAGAGACAGUCGAUGAAUGCCAAUAAAAUCUUAAGCUUAGAUAACAUCCUGAACAUUGUGAUCCGAAAGCGAGAAGGAAAUGCGGAGACCAGUGAUGACCUCAUUAGACACAUGCAAGAGCAAUUUAAAGAAAAAGCUCGAAAAACAGAGUCAGCUUAUUAUGCUGCAACAGAUGUAGUAAUCCUCAGAUUCAUGAUUGAGGUGUGCUGGGCACCUAUGCUGGCUGCUUUCAGUGUCCCUCUUGACCAAAGCGAUGAAGAAGUUGUAGUAUCUCAGUGUUUGGAAGGUUUUCGUUAUGCAAUCCAUGUCACGGCAACGAUGUCCAUGAAAACCCAUCGUGAUGCUUUUGUGACAUCCCUCGCAAAGUUCACUUCACUCCAUUCACCUGCAGAUAUAAAACCGAAAAACAUUGAUGCCAUCAAGGCUAUCCUAAUAAUUGCGGAUGAGGAUGGAAAUUACUUACAGGAGGCAUGGGAGCAUAUCUUGACCUGUGUUUCUCAGUUUGAACAUUUGCAUCUAUUGGGGGAAGGUGCACCCCCUGAUGCUGCUUUCUUUGCACUUCCUCAGAAUGAGUUUGGCAAGUCAAAACAAGCCAAAUCAAAUAUUCUUCCUGUUCUGAAAAAGAAAGGACCUGGAAGUAUUCAAAAUGCAGCUUCUGCUGUGAGAAGGGGUUCUUAUGACAGUGCAGGUGUUAGCGGCAGUGCUGUCUCUGGUAUUACAACAGAACAGAUGAACAAUUUAGUCUCCAACUUAAACAUGUUGGAACAAGUUGGUGAAAUGAGCCACAUAUUCUUUAGGAGUCAAAAAUUGAACAGUGAGGCUAUCGUGGACUUUGUCAAGGCUUUGUGUAAGGUUUCUAUAGAAGAAUUGAAGUCAACAUCAGAUCCAAGGGUUUUCAGCCUCACAAAGAUUGUUGAGAUUGCACACUACAACAUGAAUCGCAUCAGGCUUGUUUGGUCAAAAAUCUGGCUCGUACUCUCUGAUUUCUUUGUGACCAUUGGCUGUUCCGAAAAUCUUUCAAUUGCCAUAUAUGCAAUGGAUUUAUUACGCCAGUUGUCAAUGAAGUUUUUAGACCGAGAGGAACUGGCUAAUUAUAAUUUUCAGAAUGAGUUCAUGAAACCAUUUGUGAUUGUUAUGCGUAAGAGCAGAGCCGUUGAAAUCAGAGAAUUGAUAAUCAGAUGUGUUUCACAAAUGAUUUUAUCUCGCGUUAACAAUGUGAAGUCGGGAUGGAAGAGCAUGUUCAUGGUAUUUACUACAGCUGCUUAUGAUGAUCAUAAAAACAUUGUUCUGCUGGCUUUUGAAAUAACAGAAAAGAUCGUACGAGAUUACUUCCCAUACAUUACUGAGGCUGAAAGCACAACUUUCACAGAUUGUGUUAAUUGUCUUAUUGCAUUCACUAAUACUAGGUUCAACAAGGAUGUUAGUCUUAAUGCCAUUGCAUUUUUACGUUUUUGUGCGGCUAAACUUGCUGAAGGAGGACUUGGCUCUUCAAGGAACAAGGACAAACAAAGUUCUGGAAAGAUCUCUCCUUCACCACUGAAAGGAAAAGAUAAAAAGAGUGAGAAUGGGGAUUUGACAGACAAGGAUGACCAUGUUUAUUUCUGGUUUCCUUUGUUGGCGGGUAAAUGCUGUAUCUUAAAAGUGUAAUAUUUGUUCUUAAAAGUGAACAAAUUUUUCACUCUUUUCAUAAUUUGAUGCGGAGUACGUAUUGAUUAAAUACUCUUAUUGUGAUUACCAAAUGGCUCAAGUAAAUUUGAGACCGUUGUUGUAGAUAAGUGUUGUAGAUUUGUAGUUGUUGACAUGUCCUAUUAUUGCCGAGAUCGAAAGGAAAGAAAAGGAAGAAACUUUAAGGAAGGGCAAAGGCAUUAUGGUGCAAGAUGGGGAGCCCGAGCGGGCUGCCAAAACAGUGACCGAAAGGGAUGAUCAGGAUGCCGAGGGGGCUGCCAAAACAGUGACUGAAAAGGAAGAUAAGGAUGCCGAGGGGGCUGCCAAAACAGUGAAUGAAAAGGUGGAAAUUGAAGAAGAUAGUGAUCUUUUUGUCACUAAAAGAGAUCAUCCCUUCUUCAAGAGAUUUCGGUUGUUUAAAUGGGGAAAGAGGAAACCUAUAAGAGGUGAGGGUGGCACAUCCGAUUUCAAGGAUGGUGAAGAUGUACUUAUCCGAAAAGUGCAAAAAUUUCAUGAUACAUACCAAGAUGAGGUGAUAGUUCAAAUGGGAACUGAUGAGGUGCUCAUGCCUAGCAUCAAUGUUACACACAUGAAACAUGUAGAUAAGGAUGCUACUAUUAUCAAAUUGGACCAUCAUCUCAAGGUGGUAAAGGAAGACCAACCCGGAAUGCUUUUCACCAAGCAAUGCCUUGAAGAUCUUCCCGGAAUAAUAACAAGAGAUAAAGAAUAUACCUUUGAUUCCUCCUUUAUGAGGGCUGUUUUUAGACACUUUUUGUGCCGGUAUUAUGAAGAGGGCUGCCCGAGGGGAAAAACAUCACUUGUGAAACGACCAAGCAUGAAAGACUUUGACAAAGUACGUGUGGUGAAUGAUAUUAGGGAGGCAUACCGUGAUGAUGUCAUUGUUAAGCUUGAACUUGGCAAAGAUAACCUACCUUUGAUUCACCUACUACAUUCCGGUGAAGUUAAAGAUCAAAUGGUGAGGCUUGAUAACUACUUGAGAGUCACCCAAGAUGAGCUUACCGAGGGACUCACAUUCACGACUACAUGCUUGGAGGCUAUCCCGGGGGUCUUUGCCACGGAGUACGGGUAUGAAUUUAAUUCUUGGUUCAUUGAAUAUCCCUAUACUUUAUUAUAUCUUACUAGGUAUAAAGAAAGAGCAAAGCCGAGCCAUUUGAUGAAAAAAAGUGAGACUAGACCGAGAGGGGGGAGGAGGAGGAACAACAACAAGUUUUGAUGAUUGUGUCCGCAUGGAAUAUAAGGGGCCUCAAUAAGGUCUCCAAACAAAACUCUAUCCUUAAGUUUAUUCGCACUAAUAAUAUUCAUUUGUGUUGCCUUCUUGAAACCAAAAUGACUACUACUAAUUUUGUUAAUUUUAGUUCAAAUAGAUUACCAUCUUGGCUAUCUAUAACUAAUUUUGACAAAAUUGAUGGUGGCCGUAUUGGCAUACUUUGGGACCCCCAUUUUGUUCAAGUUAAUGUGCUUGAAAUUGACAAACAACAUAUUCAUUGUCACGCCACUUGUAAAACUACUCAAAUUGAGUUUUUUGUUACUUUUGUGUACGCUCUCUACACGGUGCUUGAAAGACAAACACUUUGGGAUCACCUAGCACACUUGGAGCCUAACAUUACUAGCCCGUGGCUAGUUAUGGGAGACUUUAAUUGUGUUGGGAGCCCAAAUGAGAGGGUGGGCCCUUCCCCCCCCUCGGCUUAUGGUAUGCAACACCUUAAUGACUUUAAAUUGCAAACUAAUCUUGUUGAUUGUCCAUCCACGGGCCAAUUCCUUACUUGGAAUAGGGGUUCACUUUGGGCUAAGCUAGAUCGAGUUCUCAUUAACUCAUUUUGGUCCACUUUGGAUAUUGAGUGCAAAACACAUUUUCAUGAUUUCGAGCUUGAAUCCGAUCAUGUAGCCUCCAUGGUUUCCAUUGGGAAAGGUAAUGGGGCUGCCUCUCGGCCUUUUAAAUUUUUUAACAUGUGGCAGAAUCAUGAAAAAUUCAAUUCCAUCCUCUCGACCCAUUGGGUUAGAGAGGUCUAUGGUAGCUCUCAAUUUAUUCUUGCCAAGAAAUUGAAGGACCUCAAAAGACCACUUAGGGAGCUAAAUAAAUUCCAUUUUGGCCACAUUUCCGAAAGAGUUAAGGAUUCCAAGAAAGAGUAUAAAAGGCUCCUCGGGCUCUCUAUACUCUCUCCGUUGGAUGAAACUAUAAAAGAAGAACUCUCUUUGACCAAGAAAAAACUUCUUAACCUUAAAGUAGCCGAAGAAGAUUUUUUUAGGCAAAAGGCUAAGGCAAAUCAUCUUGUUCAAAGUGAUAAAUGUACUAAAUAUUUCCAUGCUAUUGUGAAAAAGAAUAUGGCUAGAAAUUCCAUUACGGCUUUAAAACUCCAAAAUGGGACUUCUACCACUUCUAUUGACCAAGUUGCUACGGAAUUAGUGAAUUUUUAUACUAAUUUGUUUGGUGCCUACUACCCCACUUCCGGGUUGGACCCCUCUGUGGUGGCCUCGGGUAGGUGUUUACCCGCCAAUGCCACUCUUGGCUUGGUUGCCCCUAUCACCGAUUUGGAAAUCAAGGAGGCCUUGUUUGAUAUUGGUGAUAACAAAUCACCAGGGCCGGAUGGUUACACGUCCGCGUUUUUUAAAAAAAAUUGGAACAUCGUUGGUUUUGACUUUACUAGAGCCGUGAGAGGCUUCUUUGGCUCUGGUAGGUUAUUAAAGCAAACUAACCAUACGGUUAUUGCUUUAAUACCUAAGACCAAUCACUCUCCCACACCGGCGGACUUUAGACCAAUUGCUUGUACUAAUGUGGUCUACAAAGUCAUUACCAAAAUUAUUUCUAAGAGGAUGACCCCGUGUCUACCGGACCUCAUUGACCACGCCCAAGGGGCGUUUGUUGAUGGAAGACUUAUGAUUGAUAAUGUCUUCGUUGCACAAGAAUUGAUUAAGGGAUACUCUAGGAAACGUGCUUCUCCUAGAUGUAUGAUAAAGGUUGACCUCCGGAAAGCCUACGAUACUAUAUCUUGGGAUUUUCUGGCUGCCAUGUUAACCCAUUUGGGCUUCCCGGGCAGAUUUAUACACUGGAUUAUGGAGUGUGUCACCACACCUUCCUAUUCCAUAUGUAUUAAUGGGGUGCCUCACGGCCAUUUUGAGGGUAAGAGAGGGCUUCGGCAAGGGGAUCCUAUGUCCCCCCUCUUAUUUGUCCUUUGCUUGGAGUAUUUUUCUAGAUUGUUGAACAUUAGGACCAAAAAUCCUAUGUUUAAACAUCACCCCCUGUGUGGAUCCCUUAACAUAUCACAUGUGGCAUAUGCUGAUGAUUUGAUGCUUUUUUCUAGAGGGGAUACCACAUCUAUACAGAUUCUCACACAGGCCCUGGAAGAUUUUGGUAACAUAUCUGGCCUUAGGGUCAACUAUGAUAAAUCAAAUAUCUUCAUUGGUGGUAAUGCAUAUUAUGAGCUUGACACUAUACUAGAACUGGUGGAUUUCAAAAUUGGUACAUUCCCGGUCAAAUAUCUUGGGGUCCCCCUGGCACCCUUAAAGUUAUCUGUGGCCCAGUAUGCACCACUUUUGGAGUCCAUAACUACUUUCAUUAAUGCUUGGAGUACUAAGUCUUUAUCUUAUGCAGGCAGAGUUGAGCUGAUAAAGUCCGUUAUACAGGGAGUGCACUCUUUUUGGUUACACAUGUUUCCCAUCCCUAAUGUUAUUCUUGAUAGGAUUACAUCCAUCUGUCGCAUUUUUCUUUGGGGAAGCAAAUUCGCUAGGGUUGCCUGGGCUGAUAUUUGCCUCCCUAAAGAAGAGGGCGGACUUGGCAUACAUGACACGAAAGUUUGGAAUAAAGCUUUACUUUCAAAAACUUUUUGGGAUAUACAUACUAAAAAGGACACACUUUGGGUCAAGUGGGUCCAUGGGGUUUAUCUCAAGGGUAGGUGUGUGUGGGAGUUUAUCCCACAUGAAAGAGAUUCACAAUUGUUUAAAAAGAUUGCACAAAUCCGAGAUGAAAUACUCUCCAAAUUUCAGGAUAUCCCGAGUGCUAUACUUGGCUUAAAUGCUUUUCAAAUGAAUGGUAAGCUUGUAUCCUCCAAGGUUUAUGAUUUGCUUAGGCCUAGGGCUGCCACCCGAGUGUGGAUGCCGUUUAUUUGGAAAGACUACAUCCCUCCCAGGUUUUCCUUUGUUACUUGGUUGGCAUUCCGUAACAGAUUAGCCACGUGUGAUAAUCUUCAUAGAUUAGAUGUGGAUAAUACUUGUGUAUUGUGCAAGGGUGGACCGGAAACGGUUCCACACCUCUACUUUGAAUGCUCUUUUUCAGGAAAAGUUUGGGCUAUGAUGAAAGCAUGGAUUGGCAUUCCACGAAUGAUGGGGACCCUAGCUAGUGCGGUCAAAUGGAUCAAGAAGGAAAGGAGUGGAGCCAGUGUACGAGCCAAGGCUGCCAGGAUUGCUUUCUCGUGCACCAUAUACUCGCUUUGGAGAGUCAGGAAUACAGCUCGAUUUGAUGAUUUUUUGCCAAAGGAGGAGGAAGUUUUUGCCAGGAUACAAUAUGUUGUCUAUAAAAUUCUGUAUUGCAUCUAUCCUUAUGAUUUGGUAGUACUUUGAUAACUUUUCGCACAUCACCUAUCUUUGUUUGUGAUAGGCCGUGAGGUAGUAUAGGAGGGGGCUGUCAUGGCACCCUUAUUUUGGCAGGUGAUGGGUUAUCCAAUCUUUGGUUAGCCUACAUUUUUGCUCAUAUAUUUUCUGCUGUACAGACGAACUAUUGACGGUUUUUUUCUAAUAUACUUACAUGUUAUCAAAAAA